CUCCCUCUGACGUCACCCCCGGUUCCGGCGCGGCUGUGGCGGAGCGAGGCGGGCCCGGGAGCCAUGAUCGAGGUCGUCUGCAACGACCGCCUGGGGAAGAAGGUCCGGGUGAAAUGCAACCCCGAGGACUCAAUCCGGGACCUGAAGAAGCUGAUAGCGGCACAGACCGGCACGCGCUGGGACAAGAUCGUGCUCAAAAAAUGGUACACGAUCUUCAAAGACCACGUCACGCUUGGGGACUAUGAGAUCCACGACGGGAUGAACCUGGAGCUCUACUACCAGUAGGGCCCCACCAGUCCGGACCAGUACGACCCAGAACAACCCAGAACGACCCAGUCUGGACCAGUACAACCCAGUACAACCCAGUCCAGACCGGUCCGGACCAGUACAACCCAGUCCAGUCCAGUCCAGCCAUCCCAAUGCUCCCAGUCCGGACCAGUCCAGACCGGUGUGGACCAGUCCAACGCAGUGCAGCCCCCCCAGUCCAGCCCAGUGCUCCCAGUAUAUCCCAGUCCAGCCCAGUCCCCUCCCCCAUUUCCGGCCUAGCCCCGUUUGUUGAUCAAUAAAAGCGAUUUUUGGGCCUCCGGG